UGUUUUUCACCUUUUGCCAAUACAAAGUGCUUCAAACCUGAUCGGAGCCUAUUCCCGAACAUAUAUAUAGUUUCAAAAUUUGAAAAAGGCGGGUAAAACAGGAUGCAAACUCAAAUGACAAAAAGAUUACAAAAAUGGUAAAAUCAGUUAUUUCCCAAUUGCAAAAACACAUCAACAACAAACCCUUUUACUUGCAUUGCAGAAAUCACUUUAAUUUGACCCUGAAAGGUGUGGCCUCAGUUCAAUCUGUAUUUUCAAACCCAAGUUUUCAUCUUCUGGGUCUCUGCAAAAACAUAAGUUCCCUCAAAAAUGUCCAUGGAUUUCUCAUAGUUAAUGGUCUUGUUCAUGAUCUUUCUUGCAGUACUAAAUUGAUAAGCUUAUAUGGUUCGUUUGGUUAUGUUAAAGAUGCGCGCUCCAUGUUUGAUAGAAUGCCUGAGCCAGAUUUUUAUUCAUGGAAAGUUAUGCUAAGAUGGUAUUUUUUGAAUGGUUUGUAUUGGGAGAUCAUUAGGUUUUUUACCCGUAUGAGAAGUUUUUUGAUUGAGGUUGAUAAUGUUGUUUUUUCGAUUGUUUUAAAAGCGUGUAGCGAAUUGCGAGAUAUCAAUGAAGGGAGGAAAUUGCAUUGUCUGAUUAUGAAGGCAGGUAAUCCUGAUAGUUUUGUGUUGACUGGUCUUACGGAUAUGUAUGCGAAGUGCGGAGAGAUUGAGUGUUCGUGUUGUGUUUUUGAUGAAAAUCUUGAUAGAAAUGUGGUCUCGUGGACUUCAAUGAUUGCGGGCUACGUACACAAUGAUUGCCCUGCUGAAGGAUUGGUUUUGUUUAAUAGAAUGAGAGAGGUACAAAUAGAGGCUAAUGAAUACACCUUAGGUAGCUUACUUACUGUCUGUACAAAGUUAGGGGCUUUGCAUCAAGGGAAGUGGUUUCAUGGGUUUGCAAUUAAGGGUGGUGUUCAACUUAAUUCUUUCUUGGUGACGUCUCUAUUAGACAUGUAUGUCAAGUGUGGAGAGAUUAGAGAUGCUCGGCUUGUAUUUGAUGAGCUAUCUAGUAUUGAUAUCAUUUCCUGGACGGCUAUGAUUGUUGGGUACACGCAGAGUGGCUUCCCUUAUGAGGCUUUGAAGUUGUUUAUGGAUAAGAAACGGGCUAGUAUUAUGCCUAAUGACGUUACAAUUGCAAGUGUUCUAUCAGCAUGUGCGCAGAUGGAGAAUUUGAAUUUUGGGAGGUCCAUUCAUGGGCUUGGACUUAAACUCGGGUUUGCGGAACGAAGUGUUGUGAAUGCACUAGUGGACAUGUAUGCAAAAUGUCAUAUGAAUGGAGAUGCAAGUUAUAUUUUUGAGACGGCUUCAGACAAAGAUGUGGUUUCCUGGAAUUCUAUUAUUUAUGGGUGCUCUCAAAAUAAGUCAUCAUAUGAAGCCCUUGAACUAUUUAAUCGGAUGAGAAAGGAAUCUGUCUCACCUGAUGCAGUUACACUGGUUAGCAUCUUCUCAGCGUGUGCUUCCCUUGGUGCUCUUCGAGUUGGCUCCUCUCUCCACGCCUACUUUAUAAAGGAGGGUCUAUUAUCUUCCAAUGUGUAUGUUGGCACUGCACUUUUGACCUUUUACGCAAAAUGUGGGGAUGCGAAAUCUGCCCGUGCUAUUUUUGAUGGUAUGCGAGAAAAGAAUACUGUCACUUGGAGCGCAAUGAUCGGGGGUUAUGGAAUUCAAGGAGAUGCCUGUGGGUCCCUUUCCCUUUUCGAUGAUAUGUUGAAGGAAGAAUUGAAACCGAAUGAGGUAAUCUUCACAACCAUUUUAUCUGCCUGUAGUCAUACAGGGAUGAUAGGAGAGGGGUGGGAUCUCUUCAAUUCCAUGUGCCAGGAAUAUAACAUUGUUCCUUCCAUGAAGCAUUAUACAUGCAUGGUUGAUCUAUUGGCUCGUUCCGGCAGGCUUGAAGAAGCCUGGAACUUCAUCGAGAAAACACCGGUUCAACCAGAUGUUAGUAUGUUUGGAGCAUUUCUCCAUGGAUGUGGGCUGCAUUCAAGAUUUGAUCUUGGAGAGAUGGCAAUCAAGAGAAUGCAAGAAUUACAUCCUGAUGAUGCUUCAUAUUAUGUGCUUAUGUGCAAUUUGUAUGCAUCUGAUGGGAGAUGGAAUCAGGUAAAGCAGGUAAGAGAGAUGAUGAAGAAGAGAGACCUAGUCAAAUCCCCAGGAUCUAGUGUGAUGGAAAUGGAUAGUAGUGUUGAUCUCUCGUUUCCUAGAGUUGCUUCUCUUGUAUAGCUCACACAAUUUAUGUACAGAUACACAUUGUGCCAUCUCAAGUUCCUUUUGAAAAUGUUGAACCAUUGAGCUGGCCUUGGGGUCUUAUAGUGAAAUAGUUGUCGGUAAAUUAACAGUUUGAAGCAGCAUGGCAUAUACAUAUCAACAGUGUGUUGGACUCUUGAAUUUUCAAAACAAAACUCUGUUUGAUGAAGAUUUUGUGAUGCUCAUUGAUCCUAUGAUUCAAAUAUGGGCCUCAGUAAGUGUUGUAUGGAUGCUGCGAUGAUUUGUGCUUCGUUGAGUAUGAACACUAAAAACGAAGAGAUGCGGCUUAUUGGUUGAAAUGUAACAGAGGAGGGAUGGGUGUAGAUAAACUCAGAUGGGGGUUUUAUAAGCAUAAAUGGUCUAACUUCAGCAUGUGGUCUUAUAAGAGACUGGCAGAUAGGUCGGUAAUUUUAUCUCUAAUUCGGGAAUAAGGAGUGUUAUGAUAGCUGAACUUUGGGGCGUCCUUCUUGGUAUGAGAAUGGCUUGCGAGAUGGAUUUGAGAAAAUUUAUAGUUGAAGUAGAUAGUUGUUGAGUUGAUCUCAUCGUCAAGGAAUGGUGGUUGCAAGACGAUGCAAGUGCUAUAUGAAAUUCGCCAUAUGAUUAAUUGGAAUUGGUCCACUCGAAUCUGUCAUAUUCACAAGGAAGGAAACAGAUGUGCUGCUUGGCUUGCAAGUGAAGGUCUUAAAACUAUUAUAGGGUAUUAUCAAUUCGAAUGUUCCUCGUGAUUUACUAGAGAUUAUUAGCGAGGAUAAUAGAGAUGUUUCGUUCCAUCGUAUGCGCCCUAUGUAUUCCUUCUCUUGGCUUUUUGCCCCCUCUUUUAUUUGAAAAACACAGAUGAAGCAUUUAUAGGAUACUCUCUAAUAUUGUUGA